AUGAUCGAGGAGGCAAGCCUCAAAAAAACCUUCAUCGUAGCAACGCUUGUCUCCACGCUUGUUGGAACUUUUGCAGCCUCACACAACCUUUACGAACGGUUGACUGGAGGGCAGAAGAAGAAAGAUGAAGGCCAGGACAGCGAGAUCAAGAAGCUGAAGGAACAGAUCGAGCAGAUGAAAUCCGGCGGGAAGAAUGACCAGAAAAAGCCAGACGAGCUCGAGAGAAAUCUCACUACCUCCGGGCCUUUGAUCAAACAAGAAUAUGAGGUCGGUUAUGACAGACUCGGCCGGCGGUUUGCAGUCGGCGAUAUGAUUACGGAGAAUGAGCUGCAAAAGCAGAUUAUCCUGCUCCAACAAACCGUUAUUGGCGUCCUCGAGGAUGCACUUUAUAGCGGACGACAGAUCGACCGCGCCGGCGUGGACAAGCUGCACCGGAUACCGGUCGACUCGGACGACAUGUGGGACGUCGACUUCCACAUCAGAGGCAAGCUGCCGCCAGCGCCCGCACCGCCGCGUGCGCCGAGCCCCGGGCCGCCGAGGUCAUCGAGACCGCCGCCCGAGAAAAAGAGGGAAGAGCCGCCGGCGCCAGCUGCGGCGGCAGGGAAUGGGGAUACGGCGGUGUCCCGCGGCCGCAGCAGGACGGGCAAGGAGGUGGUGGCGGUGACGGAGCGGUCGGGCAAGAAGCUGACGAUCCGGAUCCCUGCGAGGUUUGUGGUCAAGUGCCACACGCCGCUGGGCGAGUACGCAUGUGCGCUGUGCGCGAGGCCGCGAGGGGACUCUGCGCCGGUGGUUGUCUUGUGCGAGACGCCUGAGGACUUGGUGGAUCAUAUAGCGACGGAGCACAAGACGAGUGAUAUUGAGAAGGACACCGACAUCAUAGCGGAUUCAUGA